AUGCAGUCCACGCAGAGCCAGUCAUUGCCAGAUCUCCGAGACCAAGAUUUCAAGAAGUCGGGUUUCUUUGCGCUGAAGAGAGGGUCAAAAGUUCGCGACAUCAACCUAGAUGAGAUCAGGCAGAGGCGAGCUUCGAUACACCAUGGCAACAAGAAAAAGCAGGAGCUCUUAGAGCAAGACGAGCAAGAAAGGUGGGAGCGGCGGCGCCGCGGCCUUUAUGGCCUCAGCAACAGUGAAAGGGCCUGCUUUGCUCGACCUAUGCCUGCACCUCCGGAAGCGCUCGCACGUGUGAAGGACCUGGGUAGUGAAAGGCCAGAUAAGCGCAGCCUCAGCAAAGGUACUCUGCGGUCGGAGAGCGCCUGCUCAGAGGAGGGUGAGAGAAGCCCCAAGCCGCGACGCCGGAACGCGGCAGUGGUGACAGGCAAGGCCCGUCUGACCUCAGUGGAGCUGACGGAGGAGUCCGUGGAGCGCAUCCUAAGGGUCCUCUUUCCCACCAACCCUGCGUCUAUGGCACGCGUCGGCAGCAGCUAUCGGCGCCAGCGAGGUGUAAAAGCUCUGGCCUUCCAGGCUAACACCGCCUUAAGCGUUCCGGCUUUGCCAUCGAUCAACGCAUUGGGAAGCGAUGAUUCGGCAGUGAAGCGUAGCUUGACCAGUGUUCUGAAACCCUCCAAGGAGCGGCAACUGCAUGAGGCUCGAGAUUUCAAGGCUCAGCAGCUCACUCCCAGAUCUGCCCUCGACCACUCGCUGAAGAAGACGGUAUCGGGAAUAGACACAAAGCAGCUCAAGAAGAUGACUGAUCUCUUGAAGCGAGAGCUGAACAUCAAGUUUGAAGCUCAAGACUCAUCGGCACCCCGCCGACAACCUCUGUAUGUCACUCCAGAAGUUGCUGGAACAAAGAGAGACAAAGAGGUUCUGGGACGUUCCAAAUAUGAGGCCAGCAGUGUCGCGGAGGUCUGGGAGAGCGCAGAGCAGCCUGACUUCGCGAAGAAGCCCGUCUUCCACCGGCUGAAGAAUGCAGCGCUACUGGUUCGCAAGAUUGGUGACAUCGCCGAGGAGUUGAACAAGGAGGGAGGAGAGGCUCUUGCAGUUGCACGACGUCAGCAGCCAGCACCCCUGGCAGAUGACUGCAACUUCUCCCUGAGAAAGUUUCGCAAGAGGCUCCUGGGGAAACACUUGUGCCUCGCAGACGCUUUCCGUUGCCUGGACCUGAACGUGAACCAGGAGAUCGGGCCGCAGGAGUGGGGAGUCAUGUUCCGGGGCUCCGGCCUGGCUACGUUCCGGGAGGCGCGCAUCAGCUUUGAGCUCCUGGACUUGAACCGCGACGGCAGCGUGACCCUUGGUGAGUUCCAGGCUGCCCUUGAAGGCAUGGCUGAGAUCACAGGGGUCGAUUCACUCCGAAAGCGGUUGGUCUCGUUUGGAUACACAAAGACCAUGCAGGCUUUGGAAGCGAUGGAAGGACAUGGACUUGUGAAUCCGGCCAAGCCACUGAUUUUGGAGGAAUUUGCGGCUGCUUUGUGUCGUAUUCACGUUGUCGAGCCUGACGAGCACCGAGCCAUCUUUGAUAAUGUGCGAGACAGCAGAGACCCCGUCAGCAAGGCCUCCCUGUACGACUUGGUGGCUGCGCUCGGAAGUGUCGGUCCUUCCUUGCUCAUGGAGGACAUUGCUGACCGGGCCCGGCUCAAGUUCGGAAGCAGUGACGCAGUCUGGGAAGGUCUCGGGCCAGGAAGCUCGAGCAAGGAAAACAUUGAGCUGAAGGUUUUCGAGCGAAAGCUCAUUGACCGGCUAGGCCUGUCCAAGAUUGCCGCACAGAAGGCGUGUCGGAUUUUGGAUGUGGAUGACGGUGGGGAUCUGUCACGAUCCGAGCUCAUCUCCGCGCUGGCACUGUCCAGACCAACCCUGCACAUGGAGGACUUUCGGCGAAAGGUUCAGCAGCGCUAUCGCAGCAUCGAGGCGAUCUUCCGCGAAUCCUUUGAGCAUCUGGAAAACGAGGAGCUCAACAACGAUGACGAUAUGCGGUUGACCUGCGCUGAGUUCGCAGAGAUCUUAGAGGAGCUGGACUUCAGCAGGCGGGAGACCAGUUAUUUGUUUUGGUUGGCCGAUGCAAACGGGACGACCAAGCUCACUCUGUACGAGUUCUUCCGCGGGGUGAAGCUGUUUGUGCCAAGCUGCGUGGUCGAGGGCAUCCGCCUGCAGGCUCUUGUCCAUCAUCGGCGAAUUGCCGACCUGUUCCGCAAUGCUGGAGUGGCGUGGGAACGGCGCUUGAACUGUCAGGCUUUUGCGCAACUGCUGCUCAAGCUGGACGUGAAGUGUGAGGACCCUCAGGUCAUCUUUGAUUUUUUCGACGUCCGCAGCUGCGGCAACAUCUGCAUCAGUGAGGUCGUCUCCUCUCUGCAGAACCUCACCCCGGGCGUGAAGGAACGCACUACGUCGCAAGAGUCCGACAAGCGGGUGGAGAAGGAGAUUCGCGCAACAUUGGCACCGAUGCACAAGACGGUCAACGAGCUGAAGUCGACCAUGAAGCGGGACGUGCAUGAGGAUGGGAGGAGAGUGUCCGUGUCGGUCCCCAGGCCGGAGAAGCCCCCUGGGCCGGAUGCCGAAGCACACGGUCCCUUGUCGGUCCAGGGACCGAAAUGCAACUUUCCCGCCGUGGUUCUCAACGAAACUUUCCAAAGGAUCACUGGUGCACCUGAGGGACGCAAGAAGAACCCGAGCGUCACGGACUACUGUGGCAAGAAGACGGUGGAUGGGCUGUGUGGAUACCUGAAAUCCUCCAACGAUCUCUUGGAGGCUCACAGGCAAGUUCUGUCUCAUCACUACAGCAGGACGGAUUGGCACAAGAAGCAAGAGAGCAUCAAGGCCGUGCUGAACCGCCGCAUUUGA